UAACCAUGACUAUAAAAAUGACACUCUCAGCAACUAUAAAAAUGAUGCCUCCAAUGAUUAUAAAAAUGAUAUUCCCAAUAAUCAUGAAAAUAAUGCCUCUAAUGACUAUGCUACUUUUACUUCUAAAAGCUAUUGA